AUGUUCUCCAAAAUUGUGCUAAUUUGCGCUGUUGUGGCCGUAAGCCACGCAGGCCUCCUACAUCAUGGCCCAGCGGUAUCGUCUCAGAAUAUCGUGCGCCAUGAUCAAACCAUCCACCACGAGACGCCCAUUCACUAUACUUCUCUACAUGAUGCUCCCGUGGCACAAGCUGCUCCUGAAAUCCAUGCUGCUCCAGCUAUCCACACCAUCCAAGAAGCUCCAACCUACCAUGCAGCCCCAUCAGUCCACGAGGCUUCUUCCUACCAAGAAAUCCACUCUGCCCCUACCUACCAUGUAGCUCCAGCAGGCCACGAAGCUCCUACCUACCAUGCAGCUCCAGCUGCUCACUCUGCAACUACAUAUCAUACAGCUCCAGCAAUCCACGCUACUUCAGCUAUUCACGAGGUCCCUGCCUACCAUUCAGCACCAGCUGUUCAUGCAGCUCCAGCUCUUCACGUUUCCACCGCACUUCACGCCGCCUCGGCUGGACAUGAAGAUCAUUAUGUUGACGAAUAUGCCCACCCUAAAUACGGAUACUCUUACUCGGUUGAAGACCCUCACACCGGCGACCACAAGUCUCAACACGAGACCCGUGAUGGUGACGUCGUCAAGGGUGAAUACUCCCUCCUGCAACCUGAUGGUUCAUUCCGCAAGGUCACCUACACUGCUGACCACCACAAUGGUUUCAACGCAGUCGUCCACAAUACGCCUCCCGUGAUACAUCAUCAUUAG